CGAUGAUGUAGUUUGGCAAUCUCGUGAGCUCGGUUGCCCUUGUCGCUGAAAGCAGGUAUUCUGGACCAUGAAUCACGAACGUCGUGGAAACUAGAUAUAUGCGAUGCCUCCGCGGACGACUUUGGGGUUUCCUUCUUAUCCUUCACAGCAGAGUACAGAGCUACAACCUACUUUUACAGAGUACUAUUUCAAGAAUCGACAAAGUAAGAAGAACAACAAAUUACAAUCACAACCAGAAGACCAAGAAAACAAAAUGGCCAUUACUCGCAAACACAACACCACAACCCGCACCUCGCGCACCACGGCAACAGGCAAGAAGCCUUCUCUCCUCUCUCGUCUUCGAAACAAGAAUCAAGCCAAAGUCACAACUUCGCAAUCUACGAACCCUAUCACGGGCACGACGACCACGACGCAGAAGACCACCACUCAUCCUAACGGAAUUGGCUACAGAGGUCACGGGGGUCGUGGACCAAUGGCUAGUAACCACGCAACACAUUACACGACGGGCACUUCGGGGCCAGUGCACCACCAUAAGAGGAAGACGAGCAUGGGAGAUAAGAUCUCUGGAGCGUUGUUGAAGUUGAAGGGCAGUGCGACGGGGAGGAGUGGACAGAAGGCUGCUGGUACUCGAAGAAUGCAUGGUACAGAUGGCCGUGGCGCGAGAAGGACUUGUGUCUAAGGAAGGACCUUUAUUGCUCAAAUGCCAUUAAGGGUACGGGAACGAGCAUGUGACGACGAAGUAAUGAUUGACGGACGCGAUUACUGUACGAUCCGUGAAUGUUGUAUGAUUAGGCGAUACCCUUGUCUCUUUCACCGUUGUUUGAGAAGCGAUGUAUGAAAUGAACAAUUCAUUGAUCGAAGCUAUAUCAGAUUCUCAAGAUGUG